CUGAAGAAAUGGCAAGAACCAAGCAGACUGCUCGUAAAUCCACUGGAGGCAAAGCUCCCAGGAAGCAGCUGGCCACCAAGGCUGCCCGCAAAAGCGCCCCGGCCACCGGCGGCGUGAAGAAGCCUCACCGCUACAGGCCCGGUACUGUAGCUCUCCGAGAGAUCCGUCGCUACCAGAAAUCCACGGAGCUGCUCAUCCGGAAGCUGCCCUUCCAGCGCCUGGUCAGAGAAAUCGCUCAGGACUUCAAGACCGACCUGCGUUUCCAGAGCUCUGCUGUCAUGGCUCUGCAGGAGGCCAGCGAGGCUUACCUGGUCGGUCUCUUCGAGGACACCAACCUGUGCGCCAUCCACGCCAAGAGGGUCACCAUCAUGCCCAAAGACAUCCAGCUGGCCCGCCGCAUCCGUGGAGAGAGAGCAUAA